UCUCUCUCUCUCUCUCUCUCUCUCACAGCGUCACAGUCCCACACACAGACGAAAAGCAAAGAAAACGUUGCGACUUCAUUUCCUCCUUUUGUUUUCUUCAACCCCCGACCCCACCUCCAUAGUAACAGUUCAGACAAUUGAGUAGAAGCAGUAGCAGACUUACCAUCAUCAGCGCCAUGACCAAUUCAUAGCAGAAGCAGAAAACAAAAAAAGAGCAAAAUCAAAUACUGCCAUGGUCAUGUCGUCUUCGAAUGAAAAUAAUCCACCGACUUCUACCAAAGACCUUUUUCCAUCUACAUCUCUCGCUCUCACUCUCGGGAUUUUUCGUGAUAUAAAAGAGGCGGCGGAUGGUCGAGCAGAUGACGUCGGUGCUAAUACGACGGUGACGGAGAUCAGCAGUGAGUAUUCUGGACCGGCGAGAUCACGAUCGGAUGAUGAAUUCGAUGCCGAUCCUGACGUCGACGACGGAGACGACGAUAAUAAUAAGAACAAAAGUAAGAAGAGAAAAAAGUACCACCGUCACACCGCCGAACAAAUUCGUGAAAUGGAAGCACUAUUUAAGGAGUCACCACACCCGGAUGAAAAGCAAAGACAACAAUUGAGCAAGCGGUUAGGGCUUCAUCCUAGACAAGUCAAGUUCUGGUUUCAAAAUCGUCGUACCCAAAUCAAGGCUAUACAGGAGCGCCAUGAAAAUUCAUUGUUAAAAUCAGAAAUGGAUAAACUACGCGAUGAGAAUAGGUUAUUAAGGGACACUAUCAAAAAGGGUACUUGUCCUAACUGUGGAUUUGGUAGCUCUAGCAAGGAAGCCACCAAUUACACCGAUGAACAACAGCUUCGCAUCGAAAAUUCUAAACUCAAAACUGAGAUUGAGAAGCUGAGGACAUCAAUUGGGAAAUAUCCAAAGGGAACAUCACCUACAAACUCAUGUUCUACGGGAAAUGACCAUGAAAACAGAAGCUCAUUGGAUUUGUGUAGUGGUGUGUUUGGUGUUGAAACUUGUAGAAUAAUGGAGAUUGUUAAUUUGGCUGUGGAAGAGCUUGUAAAGAUGGCUAGUGCUGCGGACCCACUGUGGAUACGGAGUUUUGAGACAGGUCGAGAAAUACUUAACUAUGAUGAAUACUUGAAGGAGUUUCAUGUUCAGAAUUUAAGCAAAUUUCAACAUAAGAGACACAUUGAAGCUUCUAGAGAUUGUGGCAUUGUCUUUGCAGAUCUUCCACAGCUAGUUCGAAGUUUCAUGGAUGUGGAACAAUAUGAAGAGAUAAAUGGCACUGUUCAAUUGAUGUUUGUAGAGUUGCAAAUGCUAACUCCUUUGGUGGCAACACGAGAAGUAUAUUUUGUGAGAUACUCCAAGCAGUUGAAUGCUAAUAAAUGGGCAAUUGUAGAUAUUUCAGUUGACAACAUAGAAAAAAACAUCGAUGUGUCUCUUUCUAGAUGUAGAAAACGUCCGUCUGGUUGCAUCAUUGAGGACAAUUCAAAUGGUCACUGUAAGGUGACAUGGAUAGAGCAUUUGGAAUGCCAAAAAAGCGUAGCUCAUUCUAUGUAUAGAGGAAUCAUCAAUAGUGGUGUAGCUUUUGGAGCAAGGCAUUGGAUGGCCACAUUGCAGCAAAAAUGCGAGCGUUUUGUGUUCUUCCUUGCAACUAACGUUCCUACUAAAGAUUCUACUGGUAUUGCUACAAUGGCGGGGAGGAAAAGUAUUUUCAAAUUGGCAGAGAGAAUGACGUGGAGUUUUAGUAGAGCACUAGGAGGGUCGAGCUAUCACACAUGGAAAAAAAUUCCAAGUAAAACUGGAGAUGACAUACGCGUGGCUUACAGGAAGAAUUUAAAUGAUCCUGGUGAACCUUUAGGGGUGAUACUAUGUGCAGUGUCCUCUAUUUGGUUACCUGUUUCUCACACUGUUCUUUUUGAUUUCCUACGAGAUGAAACUCGUAGAAAUGAGUGGGAUAUAAUGUCAAAUGGUGGUCCAGUCCAAUCUAUAGCCAACUUAUCAAAAGGACAAGAUCGAGGAAAUAGCGUUUCUAUCCAUACAAUGAAGUCGAAGGAAAACAUGUGGAUGAUCCAGGACACUUCGACAAACACGUACGAAUCCAUGGUAGUGUGUGCGCCAGUGUGUGUGACAACCAUGCAGUCUGUGAUGGGUGGCUGUGACUCUAGCAACAUUGCUAUAUUACCUUCUGGUUUUGCUAUUCUUCCUGAUGGGGUAGAAACGAGGCCUUUACUGAUCAGAUCAAAGGGACAGGAUCAAAGUUUGGAAGAAGGUGGGUCGUUGCUAACCGUUGGAUUUCAAAUCCUUACAACUGACGACUCUACAGGUGGAAAGUUAAGUGUGGAAUCUGUGGAGUCGGUUGAUACACUUAUUUCAAACACACUGCAGAACAUCAAAGCUGGUUUACAGUGUGAAGAUGAAACAUGAAUAAUAAUUUAUUUUGAACAUUGACUUUUUCCAAAUAUUAGGUGAAAAGGUCUUGGAACUAGUAAAUAUUUCCUGGGUUUUAACCUAUGUUGAUGAACUGAUGAACUUAAGCGUGAAAGUUUUUGAUUAUGGUUAACUUAAGAAG